AUGAGGGCUGAAUAAUUCACCCAGUAAGAAAGCAGAAACAGAAGGGAAAGUAGUAUAAAAGUGGGAGAGCUUUUCUUAAAAUCCAGUUCCAUGCUGAACGGAAAAAAGAAUAGUCUCUGACGAAAUACCGUAGACCAUGUCAGCAACAAUGGAAAAGUGUUUUCGCAUUGCAGUCCUUGGGGCCAAAAAAGUCGGUAAAACAUGCCUUAUAACUCAAAUACUGAAAAGGGGCUUCAGAGAAAAAUACGAUCCAACCAUUGAGACGAUGUUCCGGUAUGAUAUUCACACAUCUGAAAAUAAAUACACCAAACUGGAGAUUUUGGACACGGCAGGCGACUUCGAGUACCCGGACCUGUUAAGGGAAGCGGUAAAGACAAGUCAUGCUUUUGCACUGGUAUUUGACCUUGAUAACGCCAUGCAAACUUUCAGAGAAAUCGAAGCUUUAAGACAACUGAUUCUUGAAGAGAAGCGAGAACAAGUUCCUAUUAUUGUUGUUGGUAACAAAUCGGACUUGAUACAAGAAGACACUAUCGAUAAUAAAGUUAUUGAUGCUAUUGUUUCUAUUGACUGGGGCUGUACCUAUCUUACAACAUCGGCCAAAUGUGAUGUAAAUGUUUCAGAUGUAUAUAGCACUGUGUGUAAAGAACUUAAUAUUGUCGUUGAACCAAAGGCGGCUGUAAGCGAUGCUUGUAAGGAGGCCAAAAACCAAACCGUGAAACCAACACGGCGCAUAUCUUUACGCAAAAGACGUUUUUCUGUUAAAUCAUUUUAA